UUGGAAUCGGACGAUGGGCUGCUUCGUUUAGAGAUUAUUCACACCUGGUUUAAACUUUAUUACGGUCCCGUCUUCGCGUACAGACGCUGCUAGCUCCGGGCAGACAUGGAGAGAGUUGUCAUCAUAACCGGCGCGAACAGCGGCAUCGGCCUGGCCCUGUGUGAGCGGCUGCUGACGGAGGACAGCCAGCUGCGGCUGUGUCUGGCCUGCAGGAACAUGCAGCGGGCGGAGGCUGCCCGCGCCGCCCUGCUGACCUCUCACUCCAACGCACAUGUGGACCUCCUGCAGCUGGACGUGGGCUCUGUCCAAUCGGUGCUCAGCGCCGCUCAGGAGGUCAAGGCCAGAUACAACAGAAUUGACUUCCUGUAUCUAAAUGCAGGAAUCAUGCCCAAUCCACAACUGGAUUUGAAUGCUUUUUUCAAGGGUCUGUUCUCCAGGAAUGUGGUCCGAAUGUUUGCCACAGCCGAGGGGAUCCUGACCCAACAGGACCGCCUCAACUCAGACGGUCUGCAGGAAGUGUUUGCCACCAACCUCUUCGGUCAUUUUCUCCUGAUCAGGGAGCUGGAGCCGCUGCUCUCCAGGCUCGUGUGGACCUCCUCCAGUAACGCCCGCCGCUCCGCCUUCAGCAUGGAGGACAUGCAGCACCGAGAGGGGAGGGAGUCCUACAGCUCCUCUAAGUACGCCUCAGACAUGCUCAGCCUGGCUCUCAACAGGCAGAAGAACAGCCAGGGGCUGUUCUCCUCUGUCAUCUGUCCCGGGCUGGUGAUGACUAACCUGACCUACGGGAUCCUCCCCUCCUUCUUCUGGACCCUCAUCAUGCCCGUCAUGUGGCUGAUAAGGAUCUUCACCAACACAUUCACGCUCACACCACACAACGGAGCAGAGGCGCUGCACUGGCUGUUUCUACAAAACCCUGAGUCUCUGGACCCCAGAGCAAAGUAUCACAGUUUAACAUCAGGACUCGGAACAAACUACACUCAGCCUCGCCAGAUGGACAUCGAUGAAGGAACGUCCGAUGUCCUCUAUUCCAAACUCCUCGAGCUUGAGAAAGAAGUCCGAAGGAAACAGAGUGAAGAAAAUGCCGACGAGGAAAUUAGUGCAGUGAAAUAGUGAGUCAUUUGUAAUGGAUCAUUUUUCUCUGAAUAAAGUGCUCUUAUUCUUUU